UGCGUCCGCUACUCGCCAAAAGUUGUGAAAUGAGAACGAGUCUUCCGCUAGCGGACAUGGAAAGAUGCACGGCGAUAACUUUUUCUCUUUUGUGCAUGCGGUGAGUAGUGGAGCGAGGCCCUGGGUUCGGUUGGGUUAUGGCAAAGUAUGUGCACACAUUGGCCUCAGCAGAUGAGAAUAGUCAGAGGGACGUGUCCGUCUGAACUGCCUGCUGCAGAGGGAUGUGCAACGGCGCAGCCGAUCGUGGGUGUCGGGAAUGCGAUAAACCGAUCAUAGCCGGAUGUCAAACUAGCAGAGGGGUAGGAGUGAGAGAAUGCCGACGGAGUAUGUAGCUCGGGUUCCGGAUGCGGACAAGUUCGAUGUUUCCCGACUAUCGACUGCAAAUUGGAAAAGCACGUGCCUUUGGUUUCGGAUGCAGACAAGUUCGUUUAAGCUUUGACGCGCUUUGACCGCGAACUCCAGGGGCAAUCCUGCAAAUGCUGGCAAAGUAUGUGCCUUCGGUUUUGGAUUUGACUACAAAAAAAUGCUUUCGUUUAAGCUUUGACGCGCUUUGACCGCGAACUCCAGGGGCAAUCCUGCAAACGCUGGCAAAGUAUGUGCCUUCGGUUUUGUAUUUGACUACAAAAAAAUGCGACCAAGAAAGCACGCGCCUUUGGUUUUAGAUGGAGACAAGUUCCAGGUCUUGCUGCGCUUCGACUGCAAAUUGCAAACAAUCUCCAGGGGCAAUCCUGCAAGUGCUGACAAAGUACGUGCCUUCGGUUUUAGACAGAGACAAGUUUGAGGUUUGCUCACCUUUGACUGCAGCUUGCAAACAAUCUCCAGGGGCAGUCCUGCAACAUGAGCACACGAAGCACAUGCCUUUGGUUUUGGAUGCAGACAGGUUCCAGGCCUUGCUGCGCUUUCACUGCAAAUUGCAAACAAUCUCCAGGGGCAAUCCUGCAAAAGUUUUACGAAGUGCUUGCCUUUGGUUUCGGAGGGCGCCAAGUUCCAGAACCGCUAUAAGCAUGUCAUGCUCUCAUGUAGGAGGAGGAGGAGGAGGAGGAGGGGAAAGUGCGCAGCAAGUUACAGAUUAUGAACCUGGUCCAGAUUAUGAACCUGUGCAAUCCUGCGAAACGCCGAAGAGUUGCGAAAGUUCUGGAGAUUCUGAGCGGAGAAACCCUAUUCUAUGCAACUGGUACAGAUUAUGAACCUGGUCCAGAUUACAGACCUCAUGCGUGUCCUGCAAAGCGCAUGACACGGACAGGGAACUUUUUCAAGUCGAAUGCUACACGACACAACAGGGACUUAGAGACAACCCUAGCUACUUAUGUGCAGAUCACUGGUACGGUACAGAUUAUGGACCUGGUACAGAUUAUGAACCUGGUCCAGAUUACAGACCUCAUGUGUGUCCUGCGAAGCGUCAGGCAUGUUAGCAGGAACUGCUCUGGGUCUCGGGAUACAGUCCUCCAAUGCGGACACAGCACGUUGAAUGCAAGAUGCGAUUCGGUGCACGGCCUGCAUGCGGAGCCAUGCACUAGUUCAAUGACAAUUCAAUUUUCCUGUUUGCCAAUCAAUUGUAAUAUUCUUU